AUGAUGAUGAGUGCUAUUUAUCAACCUCAAAAUAUUUAUUGUCUUUCGAUUGAUGAGAAAGCAAGUAAAGAAUUUAAAGAUGCAAUGUUGUUGCUUACUGACUGUUUUCCGAAUAUUUUUGUUAUGGCAAGUGUUAACCAUGUUGGUUGGUGUGAAUUUGGAGUAACUCGUUCACUUUAUAGUUGCCUUCGUUAUUUGACUGAGCGUAAACAUGACUGGAAAUAUUUUCAGUAUCUGAGUGGAUUUGAUUUGCCUUUAAAAACAAAUCUGGAAAUGGUUCGCAUUUUUAAGCAACUUCAUGGAUCUGUCAAUACUGAAGUUUCAUUAUAUCAAACUGGCAGGCUUGGUGCAGAACUUAAGAAUAUCAAGCCUCCAUUAACCUUAUGGAAGUCAAGUAUGUCUUCUUUGAUUCCGCGUGAGGCAGCAAAUGUAAUGGUCGCCAGUCCUAAAGUACAUGAAUUAAUGAGAUUCUUGCAACAUUCAACAUGUUCUGAUGAAGCUGUUUGGACCACUGUUACAGGAAAUCCACAAGAAUUAAAAAUUCCCGGAGGAUUUAACGCUGCAGCUUUCCAUUUUGAGAGAAUGGAGUGUCUUAAACAUAAAAAAGGAAAUGUUAACGCAAUUAUUGAAGAGGAAGUGAAAGCAAUGGCUGAAAGACAUCCAAAUGAGCCUUUUCUCCCUGAUAAUUAUUAUAUUUCUCGUUAUCAAGUUUGGGGAUCAUCUACUUUACAUAAAUGCUAUUGUAGGUUUUAG